UCAAAUUCACUGACAGUUCAAGUGUCAAAACAACGCCCUAAAUGGAAUCACAACAGAAAGUAACUUUUUACAGUUUUAACAAAAUGGUUGAAUGAAAAUAGAUUAAACUAAAAUUAUAAUUAUGGAUUCAAUUUCGAACACAUUGCCAAACAUAGUCGACGUAGAAUGGAAACUAGAAGUAGUGACUAACACGCCCGGUGUAGGCUCUGACAACUUACUGUACACAGUGGUGUUAAAAACUGAUUCUGGUGAAGACAUACGUUUUACCUGCGGAAGCCAAGAGUUACAGGAUCUGGUAUACAAGCUUAAGGACCUGGUGCGGCAUUGCGAGACGAUGAAAACUGAACUGGCGUGAACUUGUGAAUGAUCAUGAGAUUUUGUGUAUAGUGCAAAUAAAUGUUAUUAACGUGAA